GACUGUGUAGUUGCGUGCGAACGUCGCUGGAAGAAAGUCGUCUUGUGAUCCCGCGAAGAAACCUGCAGUCGUCGUCGUGGUUUCCUCCGAUUUUAGUUUACGGUGACGGUGUGUGCGCUGUGCGGUCAUCGUUUUUUUCCCUCUCCCAGUAGAAAGCAGCCGGAAAAAAGUUCUAUCCACGGUCAGCCAACGCAGUCAGCAUCCCCCCCGUUCUCCCCUAUAAGUCCGUGGCAGUGUGGUGUGAGCGGUGGUCAAGGGCAGAGGGGCGGUUUUCCCGAAGAUUGGAAAAUUAGAAACUGCCAAAGUUGCAUUGUUCGUGAUUGAAGUGGCAAGUGGCUGGCAGGUCAUCCGCCCGUCCGUCCGUCAGUGGUCCAGGCGAGCAGCUGGCAGUGCAAAACCAGGCGAGUCGGUGGCUUUCCCCGUCUCGGGCGAGUGUGUGGUGUUUUGGUUUUCAGGAAGAGAAGGCGCGCCGCUGCCGUUGCUGCUACUGUUGUCCGGGACAGGAGGGAGUGCUCUCGAUUUAUUGAUUUUUCUCGGUCGCCGUCGUCGUCGUUGUGAAAAUAAUAAUUCUGCGAAUAGUGUCGAAUCUCAACCCACCUGGGACGCGCGGGAUGUGAGUGACAAGGUGUCCACCACCGAGAAGUGAUUUGUGUGUUUUGAAAGCAACUACAGAGUCUCGAGAGGAAAUCUUGACCGGAAGAGGGUUGGUCUCGCUCGAGUCAAGUCGAACGAAGAAAGCUAGAAGAUAAGGUGAUUGAGAGAAGAAAACCACAACUAAUAAUUGGUUCGCAGCCGGAGGCUGUAUCGUGCUUCAGUUUUUGUGAGUGAAACGAAUGUUAAUCAUCCAAUCGAAACCGAAAAGAAGUUGGUUCCCGAAGGGAACGAUGGAAUAAGUGACGUGAAUCUCAAUUGUAAACGCAGUUUAUUCAGUUAAGUGAUAGCGAUUAUAGAAUAUCAUAACCGGAGGAUCGUACCGUUUUAAGGAUUAAUCAUGUGGAUUCCCACCAGCAACAAAUACGGAGUCGCCAUCCACAACUGGCACGGCGAAGUCACACACGGUCUCGCGCUGGACGUCGGCGACUGCGUCGAGAUCCUGGAGGAAACGACCUACUGGUUUCGGGGGACGUGCCCACGGAAGCCCCGGAAGGUGGGCCUCUUUCCCAAAUCGUACAUCCAUCUGAAAGACCUGGCCAAGGUGGACCCGGUCGUCGGCGAGUGCACCCUGGUGCUGCGCGAAUGGUCCGAGAUAUGGAAGAAACUGUUUGUGGAACGGGAGGAAUACAAAUUCACCUCGCUGCGGAAGGUGAUGCUGGCGCUGUUGGAAAGCCGACGGGAGCUGCUGAGCGCCACCCUUACCCAGGACCAGACGUACGAUCUGCAGAUGAAGGUGAUCUCCAAGAUUGACUGGGGCAAUCGAAAACUAGGCCUAGAUUUAGUACCCCGAUUAGGGACGCUAGCGGUCGAUCCGCAUAAAAUCGGAAUCGUUUCGCUGCACCAGGUCCACGUCAACAGUGCCGAAAAUGCCAAAGCUGCUUCCAACCGUGGAACGCUUCGGCGGAAAGCCGGCAAGAAGGUCCUCACGCACCAUCUGUACUUUUGCAUGCGUGACUUUGGCCACCGGAUAGGCGACGAUGCGGAGAUCUGCUUCUACCUGUACGACGGGAACUCGAACCGGAUGCGGGCCCUGUCCGAGCGGUUCCUGAUGCGCAUUGCCAAAGAUGGCUUUUCCACGUACGUGGAAACGUCCCACAACUGUACGGUUUUCACCGAUCUCGGUUCGUCCGACCUGAAUCAGGACCUGUAUCUCAUAGCCAACGUGAUGCGGGUGGGGAAGAUGCUGCACUCCGAAGCGGUUAAGAAGGGUGACAAGUUCAUCAGUAACCAUUCCUACCGGAGACCGUACGGGGUGGGGGUGCUACCAUUGAGUGAGAUAGCUCAGUUUGACCAGACGGUCGAAUCGGAGGAGAAGGAGUUCAGCUUUAAGAUCUUCCAGUGCGAAGAGAAGGACUACCACCAGCUGCACGAGUUGAUCAUUAAGAAGGCUAGCGGAAAGUUUCAGCCGAUCAACGCCAGCACCCAGGGUCACUACGGGUUGGUAGUCUCGUUGAAGUUGAUCCACGGAGGGCUGAGCCAAGCUCGGAUAGAACAACCGAUCCUGUUUCAAGGCACUGCCAUAACCAAGAAGAUCGGUUUCCCGGACGUGAUCAUGCCCGGGGACGUCCGCAAUGAUCUGUUCUUGACCUUAGAACGAGGCGAAUUUGAACGCGUUGGCAUAAGCACCGCGAAAAACAUCGAAAUCACCACCCUCGUUCUGGAUGAAAACGGUCGAAUCAUCCAGGAGUGCAUAGCCAUCGCUUCCGGAAAUCCCCUACAAGCGUACUACAAAUCCAUGGUCUUGUACCACAACAACUCCCCAGCCUGGAACGAAACCAUCCGGAUGUUCGUUCCCAUAGACAAAUUUAGCAAAGCGCACGUACGGUUCGAGUUCCGAAGUUGCUCCACCCGGGACAAGUCCGACCCGAAACUGUUCGGCUUCAGCUUCUCCCGUCUGAUGGAACCGGGAGGGGCAACGAUUGCGGACGCAUCCCACGAACUGUACGUCUACAAGUGCGAAGACAUUCUCAAGGUUCAACCGAACAUCUACCUUCGACUGCCUUGCUCCGCAAUGGACAAGCACGCUCACACCUUGGAAUCCAACUCUCCCUACCAUCGAAGUUCCAAGGAGGCAUUCUUCGUCAAAACCGUCCUCUGCUCAACGAAGCUUACUCAAAACGGCGAUCUCCUCUCGCUUCUGCAGUGGCGUAACCAUCCGGAGCGCAUCCAGGACUCCCUGCAGCGGGUUCUCCGGCUUCACAAUGAAGAGCUAAUCAAAUUCCUACAGGACGUCCUGGACGCCCUGUUUGCCAUGUUCUCCACGGACGACGGAAACAGCACGCCCCACUCCGGUCUCGUCUUCCACGUGCUCGUAUCGAUUUUCAGUCUCAUGCAGAGCAGCAAAUUCCAGCACUUCAAACCCGUCAUGGACGCCUACAUCAAGGACCACUUCGCUGCUCCUCUAGUCUACAAAGGUCUCCUCUCGUCCGUCCAACACCUCGCCGAUUGGAUGAUGACAGCGGAAAACCUGGAACCCAUCCUGCAGUGCUUCAGCUCCCUCGAGUUCAUCUUCAAGCUGAUCAUCCAAAGCCGGAAACUUUUCGCCCACGCUUCCGGUGGCCAGUAUGAAGACAAGUUCAAGCAUGACCUCUUCGCCGUAUUCACCUCUCUCAACGGAAUGCUUCUAGUCGCCAGUCAUUCGCACAUUCUCCCCACCCAGGAGGCCCUUCUCAGCUCGAUCGGUGUCGUGUUCGAACAGCUCCGCACCAUCCUCACCAAAAGCGAACUGGAAACCCUAGUCAAAGGCAUGCUGGAUGCCGUCCCGAAGGACGCCCAACCACCUCUGAUCCAGGCCAAACUGAAAUCCAUCAAGGACAUGGUCUCCGGACAGCUUUUCCAGGACGACGAACUGCGUUCCGUUAUCCUGAACAUCGCCUGCAAACAUCUCCGUAUUCACCUGGCUCGACGCGAUGAACUCCGGCUGUGCUCGGAGAUCCUCGCCGAAAUCCUCAUCAAACUACACGAGGCCAAAGUCAAAACCGGCGAAAAACCGUCGAACGCGAUCCAUCACGAUCUGGACAUCCUGUUCUCCAACAUCUUCCCCAUUCUGAUGCAAACCAUCAACGUCCUAGGAAACGGUGGCAACGAAUCGCUAGUCUGCGCCCUGUUCGCCGUUAUGCUGGGGCUGCUUCAGCUGCUGGACGAAUCGCACUUCCAGCGGAUGUGGGACCGCCAGAGCACCACCGGAAACAACAGGGAACUGAAAGAUUUCAUCCAGCAGUGUCUGAACAUUUUCAAGGACAUCCUGGAACAGGACUGGAUGAUCUUCUCCAAGGACUGGCUGGUGAUGAAGAUGUCGGCGAACGAGGUGCUGCGCAAGACCCUGGAGGAACUGGCGAAGCCGCUGGUCUACCGAUUCCUGGAACAGCAGUCGUUCGACUCGCAGCUCUGGUGGUCCUACUUUAGUGUGGCGGUGAUCUUUCUGACGCAACCCUCGCUGCAGAUCGAGCAGUACCACGAAACGAAACGGCGAAAGCUGCUGAGCACCCACGGCGACAUGCGGGUGGCCAUGGGCUUCCAGAUCUUGAGCAUGUGGGCCCAGCUGGGGGAACAUAAGCUGCACUUCAUACCGUCGAUGGUGGGACCGUUCCUGGAGGUGACGCUGGUGCCGGAACCGGCCCUGCGGAAGGCGACCUUUACCGUGUUCUACGAUAUGAUGCAGUGCGAACAGGUUUCCCGAGGAUCCUUCCGGUUGGUGGAAAGCGAACUGAUUGACAAACUGGAUUUACUGAUCAGUGAAAACAAGGGCGACGAUGAGUACCGUGAACUCUUCAGUACCAUGGAACAAUUGUGUCUAGCACUGCUGGAACGCGUCCAGGCGGAGAAUCCCUCGUGGCGGGAAUCGGGCACGGCGUUUAUUUCUUCCGUCACGCGCCUACUGGAACGGCUGCUCGACUACCGGAGCGUGAUGCAGGGCGACGAGAACCGAGACAAGCGGAUGACCUGUACGGUGAACUUGCUGAACUUCUACAACGACGAAAUCAACCGGAAGGAGAUGUAUGUGAGGUACAUCUACAAGCUACUGGAUCUACAUUUAGGCGCCGAGAACUACAUCGAAGCUGGGCUGACAUUGAAGCUGUACGCAGAUAUGCUCUCCUGGGACAGUGAAAACAUUUCCGAUGAGAGCAACGGACCCCGGGAAUGGGAACAGAAGGAAAAGAUGUACAAAAAUAUCAUCAACUACUUCGACAAGGGAAAAUGCUGGGAGAAGGGUAUUCCACUGUGCAAGGAGUUGGCCAUGUUCUACGAGCGGAAGCGGUUCGACUACAACCGACUGAGCGACGUUCUGAUCCAGGAGGCGAAGUUCUUCCAGAAUAUUCUGACGCAGCUGAGGCCGGAACCGGAGUAUUUCCGCGUGGGUUACUACGGAACCGGAUUUCCUUCGUUUGUUAGGAACAAACAAUUCAUCUACCGCGGGUUGGAGUACGAGCGGAUCGGGGCGUUCAUCCAGCGGUUGCAGAUCGAGUUUCCGGCUGCCCAGAUCCUGGACAAGAAGCACUACCCGCCGGAUAGUUCCAUCCUGAACUCGCCGGAGCAGCGCUUCCAUGUCGUCAAUGUGCGGCCCAUUUCCGACCCGAGCCAUCUGAAGAGUGCCAAGGUGACCGUGCCGGAGAAGAUUUCCAAGUACUACGAGGUGAACGAUGUUACCAAGUUCCAGUACGAUCGUCCCGUUCACAAAGGGGUCGUCGAUAAGGACAACGAGUUCAAGUCGCUCUGGAUCGAGCGGACGAUCUACGACAUUGCGCUGCUACUGCCCGGCAUCUUGCGAUGGUUCGAGGUGACGAAUGCCUCCAUCCACGAACUAACGCCGGUGGAGUUUGCCUGCGAGAGCGUGUCCAACGUCAACAAGGAACUGUCCGAUCUGAUCGUCCAGUACCGGCUGGAACCGAAGCGCAAUCUCAACCCGUUCACCAUGCGGCUGCAGGGUUCGGUCGACGCCAACGUCAACGGUGGCUUCAACAAGUACCAGGAUGCAUUCUUCACCGAACGGUUCGCCAAAUCGCCGGAAGGUCGCGACCAAAGCUUGCACGUCCAACGGCUGAAGCGGUUGAUCUUCGAACAGAUGCAGAUUCUACGGCAGGCACUGGAGCUGCACCGGAGUCUUGCUUCGGAGGAGGUACUGCCGCUGCAUAACCGGUUGUCGGAAGCGUUCCUGGAGCUGGAAAAGAGCACAGCCGAGUGGAAGACGAACAUUAACAUUCCAACCAAGCCGCUGCCGCCGCUUCCAACUGCCAAUGUGCACCAGCAUCAGUCGUCGGCGGCGCUUCAGAACAACUGUCAACAGCACUACUUUGCCGAAGAUCACGACGAAACGUACACCUAUUUAAGCCGGAAGACCUUGUCCCUAUCGGGGAUUAUUCCGAUGACGGCCAUGACCUCGUCGCCGAUUCCGGCUCCGCAGAUACCUCCGAGAGAUUCGCUAACUUUGUCCCCGUCGGCUCCACCGCUUCCUCCUCGAGGUCACACCCCCGAUAAGCGGAGCUCGAACCCGAUACCCUUCACCGAAUUUGUUGAACAGCAACAACAGGGCUCCGCUCCGGCCAGGCCUCGUUCCAAAAAGUAUUCCUUGUACGAAAUCUCCUACAGCGAAAGCAUGAAUCACAGCUAUGGAAGUCCGAGGAGUUCCAGCGAACUUAAAAAUCUCUACGACCUCGGACCGUUCAACCGAGACUCCGGGAUUUCGACAAGCUCGCAAGAGCUGGCCAACACAGGUCAUCACCACCAUCACUACCAUCAACCGGUCCCGACGACCGCCGCCGCCGAAACGAUGGACGAGUACAACAUCUCGCCAAACACAAACGGAAACGGAGCGAUCACCCCUCGGGGUCACCAGAAGACCAAUUCCAAUCCGGAAUCCUUCAACAUGCAGAUGACCAAAGACUCACUGAACAUUUCGAUGAGCCGGCUGACGAUGGCAAAUGGGACCGGCGGUGCGCAAGCGCCUCCGCCACCGAUUCCACCCAAGUCGGCCCUGCUGCAUCAUCAACAUUCCUUCCCGAUGGCGACGCCCCCUGUUCAGCAGUUCCAGCCUCACCAUCAGCGCAACCAAUCGCUGAAUCUCAGUCAGAACUCGUCCUCCGAUGGUGAUGCGAUCAGUUUGAACGACAUCAGCCCGGCUCCGCCCACGCCCUUCAACGACGCCUUUAGCGAUUCGUUCAGCGAUGAGUGCGAGAGUACGGCGGCUUACUGCGUGCCCAAGGCCCAAUACCAACAACAGCAGCAGCAGCAGCAGCAGUCCUCGAAUACGAAUAGUUUAGGUCGAAGGUCGCUCAAUGGCGCAGAUGAUAUGGUUGAGGUUAGGACGGCGACCAUGGUUCCGCUGCGACAGGACGAUGAUGAGGAGGAGAUCUUCUACUAGGAUAAGGAAGGCAGUCAUAAAUGUGCCAGCAAAAACGUCAAAAGCCAAUCGAAAACUGUGAAGUACAGAUGGCGUAAAAGGUGACGACGUGCGCGUGUGUGUGUGAGAGAGUGAAGCCAUGGCAAACUGCUGUGAUUUUUACAUGGCCAUCUUGCUCUAUAUCGGAAAAUGAAAGGUUAGUUCAUGAACUACUUCUUCCUUCCUUCUUCGCACGUACCAUUAUCAAAAGCUAGUGGUUGUUUUAUUUUAUUUUUGCGAAUGGGUUUAUGUAAGUGUGUGUGUGUGUUUUUGCCACAUUAACAUGUUCGUUCUAAUUUUUUGAGUUUAUUUUUUAGUUUUCUUUUCCUUAGCAUUUAAAAUCUAUUACACGAUAAACAAAAUUCGAACGAAACGAAUUAAAAAGGAAACAUGCGUUCGAAAAUAAUUCCAAUCAACAUAUUUACACUAAAACGUGUGUGUGAAUGAGUGAGUGUGGUUUUUUCUUCAUGUAGGAGUAAUAAUUUCCUCUUCCAAAGAACUGAUUCAAGGUUUGUUCAUGAAUUGUCCUAUUUUUUUGAAUUUCCUUUAAAAUUAACUAAUUAUAGGCUACGGCUUCCUUCCUCCCCCAAAUGACUAGUUUACUCAGCUUCAAUAUAUAAAAUUCCCCUUUCCUCUCUUGUAUUAAUUUCCCCUUUCCUUGAUUACUCUCCAAUAACGUUUACUAUAGUACAGCUACUCAGUUGUCUCCAUCCGUCUUCCCCGUUUUUUUUUUAUUUAUUAGAAUUAAUACUUGUUUUGCUUUGUUUUCUAAUAACUGUUUUUUUUGCUUGUCAUAUUCGUGCAGCGUUCAGUGUCUCUCGUUUCGGGAAAAAGUCCUGAUUAUUUACUGGUUUUUGUCAACUACACUUAAUCCUCGUCCACAUCCUAUGUGUAGUUUAUCUGUGUAUAUUACAAUUAAUCAUAAGACGACUUGAAAAAACCGAUACAAGUUAGUCUGCUUCCGCUGUGUGUUUGCUGAUUCGCGAACCAAAAUACAGGUGGCGGUUUUGCUCAGUGUGGUCGGUUUAGGUGCCUGUCGCUGUGUGUGGGUGUGUGUGUGUGUGUGUGUGUUUGUUUGUGUAACUGUCAGCGCCGCCGUGGUGCGGUGUAGAAAAGCUUGCUUCGAUCGAUUUGUUUGUCGCUCAAAAAAUUAGUCUGCGCAUUUGGUUUUUCGAUUGUUUUCGGAUUUUCCUUCUUGUUUGUAAAAUCAUUCGAAAAAAAAGUAAAAAGCUUUUGCCAUUGAUUUGGUUUCGGUUGUUUACGUUAGAAUUGGUUGUUGUUUUUGUUGUUGUGUGUGUUGUAGAGAAGAAACAGAAACAGUGUGCGCAAAGAGUGCAGUUGUGGGUGGAAAUUUUCCGUUCGAAUUCAAAAGAUUGUGAUUUACUUUAGAGAGAGUGUAAAUUGAUAUCAAAAAAUAUUUGUUUUUAGGUUGUUCGCUUUAAACUCAUGUCAGCGUGUGUAUGUUUGUGAUGUACGUGUUUGUGUGAGUGUAUGGGCGUGUAGUUUCUCUUUAGUUUUACUCAUUUUAAUAAUGUCCAUCGUAUGAUAUGCUUCAUGUUAGUAUUUCAACUUUUCUCUAUCGCAAAUUAUCCGAUUAUCUUGUUAUCAUU